UGUAUUUCUCAAUCCAUCGCCGCUCGGAAUUUUAUCUGUCGUUGCCAUAGUAAAACUCAUCGUCAUCAAUGGCUGAGAAAAGCAGGAUUCUGAUCAUCGGAGGCACAGGCUACAUCGGGAAAUUCAUCGUCCAGGCCAGCGCAAAAGCAGGGCACCCCACUUACGUGCUUGUCAGGGAAAGCACUCUCUCUAAUCCCGACAAGUCCGCCCUUGUCAAGAGCUUCAAGGGUUCUGGAGUCACCGUCCUCCAUGGUGACCUCUACGAUCACGAGAGUCUGGUCAAGGCAAUCAAGCAGGUCGAUGUGGUGAUCUCCACGGUGAGUUUUCAGGUGGCCGAUCAGGUGAACAUCCUCGCUGCCAUAAAAGAAGCCGGAAACAAAAUCAAGAGGUUCCUUCCCUCAGAGUUUGGGCUGGACGUGGAUCGGCACCAUGUUGUUGAGCCAGCUGGCAGUGCUUUGAAUCUCAAAGUGAACUUCAGAAGGAAAGUUGAAGCGGAAGGGAUACCCUACACUUAUGUUGUGAGCAACGCCUUCGCUGGGUAUUUCUUGCCCACUCUGGGACAGCAGAACGUCACUGCUCCUCCUCGGGACAAGGUUUCCAUUAUAGGAGAUGGAAAUGUCAAAGCAAUCUACGUGACAGAGGAGGACAUAGGGACAUACACUAUCAAAGCGGUGGAAGACCCAAGAACCCUAAACAAGAUCCUCUACAUCAGACCACCAGCCAACACUCUGACCUUCAACGAGCUGGUCUCCUUGUGGGAGAAGAAGAUAGGCAAGACCCUGGAAAGGUCCUACAUUCCAGAGGAUGAAAUUCUGAAGAAAAUCCCAGAGAGUCCUAUUCCGUUUAACUUCCUGUUGGCGGUGAGUCAUUCAAUGUACGUGAAAGGAGACUGCACUAACUAUGAGAUCGAUCCAUCUAUCGGGGUGGAAGCGACGGGGCUUUACCCAGAUGUUAAAUACACCACCGUCGACGAGUUCUUGAACAAGUUCGUGUGAGAGACACCGCGUGAUUAAUAAUAUCGAGGCUCGCCUUUUGUAUUUCAAUUUUUUUUUAAUUCAUGUUAAUAAUACCGAGGCCUCGCUUGUGGUGUUUAUCACUGUAAUAAUAUUUGGAUUAUUUAAAUUUUAAUUUGGAUGGUUAAAAUUUAAAAAAUUA